AUGAGAUUUUUGAAGCUUCUGUUGCUCCUUGAGCAAACCGUACUUGUGGAUGCUUAUGUCAAUCCUUAUCCAAGAAGCCCAUGCUUCACUGACGAUCACGUGUGCAACAGGCGAGAAGAAGACUGCAUCCCCGAAGGCCAGUUUCUUUACCAAUGUUGCACUUGGGGAAAAUACAUGAGUUCCCAGUAUCGCGAGGAAGUCUCUUGUCGGGUUGGAAAUCCGCAUCCAUGCAUGGGCGAAAAUGCCUGCAAAGAAGAUGAGUUCUGCCAUCCGAUAAUUAAAAAUCUCGAGGUUUCGAGCGACUACAAAUGUGUCAAAAUCGAUGAUAAAUGUCACGGGUAUGUUCAUUGCGAAAAUGUUCUGUAUGGCUCCUGCACGGGGUACAUAGACGGGACUCAUAUGAACACAUCAAAACCGCUGCGAGUAAAUUCCGUCGACGACUGCUACAAUCAUUGCGCCUCUUACCCGGAAUGUACUGGGUUCGAUCUGGACAGCAAUGGCGGCUGUUACUUGGCAUUUCAAGCCUGUGAAGAAGACCAUCUCGUAAUUAACCAUGAUAAAGACAAUCACAAGUGGAACACUGCCUUUACAACAUCGGCUCACUAUCUUCACUACAGAAUGAGUGACUGUACUGCUCCAAAACGCCCGGCCCACUGCGAUGUCAAAAUCGAACAUGAGCUCAGCAAGCGACUCAACGAAGCAAAAGAACAAAUGAAAGGACGAGUUAACGACUUUGAAAUACUGGCUGAUGCGCAGGAAGAAGCGAGAAUUGCCAUUACCGAGUUGAGGAAGAGUACAAGCUCUCAUUUGAUCAACAUUGUUGGUAUUUUUGCGGCGAUUUUGAUCGUUAGAGCUAUGAUGAUUUCUCUCAAUUGCACGAUUUGGAAGGAAAGGAAUAAGAAACUGGCGGUUGGGAGAAGACCUCAUCAGCCGCAUGAUGAGUUCAAUUACGACAACGAUACUGAGCGAAUCUUACGCAACAGCAUCCACUCAACCAAAAGCAAGGACUCACUUCCUAAUUACGAAGCUGCAACAGCCGCGAAAAAAGCCGCGGAGAUCGCGGACGCUGGCGCUGGAAUUCACGCUCUUUAG